GCUAUUAAAACGUUUGAAAAGUCGAGGACGUUUUCGCCAUCGGAAGCUGACUGCAAUCAAGGUAAAAAGAUGGAGAGUGAGAAGAAGAGAAGAAAAUACUCCACCAGCAGCAAUGACUCGGACACCACUGACAGUCAAGUGACCUCCUGGUCCAGGUCCUCCAAGAACACCGGGACCAGCAGCACCUGGGUCAGACAGGAGCACAAGAAACCGUCUGAGGUGUUUCGGACGGACUUCAUCACGGCCAUGAAGCUGCCAGACUCGGCCCAGCUGGGCCCUGAUGACUUCUACGUGCUGUCUGACCCCUGGAGACAGGAGUGGGAGAAGGGGGUCCAGGUUCCCGCCAGCGUAGACGCCAUCCCAGAACCCGUCGUCAGGAUGCUACCGGAGGUGGGGCGUAUCCCGUUCUACUGGCCUGUGCAGGGCCAAGGCCGGGGGUGUGUGCUGGGCCUGGGGCUGAGCCAGAGGGACAUGAAGACCACCGAUGAGCCCCACAGUCGCUAUGACCUGGAUGACAUGGACGUGUCCUGGCUGGAGCUGGUCAACCAGGAGUUCAGGGAACUGGAGCUGCCGGAGCUGGAUGAGCUGACCAUGGAGCGUGUGCUGGUGGAGCUGGAGAGCCGGUGUGAGGAGAACAUGCAGCAGGCCAUAGAGACGGAGGAGGGCCUGGGCAUCGAGUACGACGAGGACGUGGUGUGCGACGUGUGCCGGUCCCCCGAGGGAGAAGAUGGCAACGAGAUGGUCUUCUGUGACAAGUGCAACAUCUGUGUACAUCAGGCGUGUUAUGGGAUCCUGAAGGUCCCACAGGGGAACUGGCUGUGCCGAACCUGCGCCCUGGGGGUGCAACCCAAAUGCCUGCUGUGCCCCAAGAGAGGCGGAGCCCUGAAGCCCACCCGCAGUGGAACCAAGUGGGUCCACGUCAGCUGUGCCUUAUGGAUCCCCGAGGUGAGUAUAGGCUGCCCGGAGAAGAUGGAGCCCAUUACCAAGGUGUCCCACAUCCCCUCCAGCCGCUGGGCCCUGUUCUGCAGCCUGUGUCGAGAACACACAGGCACCUGCAUACAGUGCUCCAUGCCGUCCUGCAUUGUGGCCUUCCAUGUGACCUGCGCCUUUGACCAUGGCCUUGAGAUGCGCACCAUCCUGGCAGAGAACGAUGAAGUGCGCUUCAAAUCCUACUGCCUGGAGCACAGUAGCACUACCGCCCCCGGCAACAGUAACAACGCCAUGGCCGGCAACAGUAACCACGCCAACAGCGCUGGUGCCAGCAGCAAACCAGACUGGGCUGGACACGGCAACGACCACAGAGCCUCCGUAACUGCGCCAGACCACCACCAAGCGACCAGCGAGCUGCCGCCGGCAGAGCGGCCGCUGCCGCCUGUGGAGCGUCCAGACCGGGACCAGAUAGAGAGGGAGAAGGCCAGCCAGCGCAAACAGAAGCUACAGGAGCUGGAGGACGAGUUCUACCGCCUGGUGGACCCCAAAGACGUGGCGGAGAGCCUGGGCCUGCCGGAUGCCCACGUGGACUUCCUGUACCAGUUCUGGAAGCUGAGGAGGAAGUCCAACUUCAACCGUCCUCUGGUGACGUUGAAGAGAGACGAGGUAGAUAACCUGGCGCAGCAGGAGCAGGACGUGCUGUACCGACGCCUCAAGCUGUUCACACACCUACGCCAGGACCUGGAGAGGGUGAGGAACCUGUGCUACAUGGUCACACGGCGGGAGAAGAUGAAGAGUUCCCUGUGUGACCUCCAGGAGAAGAUUUUCCACCUGCAGAUCCAGCUGCUGGAGGAGGACCUAGCUGGAGAGAAAACCAUGACGGGUCAUAAGGGAAGACAGAACGGGGUGAAGGAGAAGGGGAAGGAGCGGUGGAAAAGCAGUCCGGAGAAGAAGAAAGAGAGGUGGAAGUCUGACAACGGUUCCCUCCUCAAACAGCUAGGUUUCCCCAAGACCUUCCCUCUGGACAACUCGCUGUUUGACAGCUGGCUGGCCCAGUCGGUGCAGAUCACGGCUGACGACAUGCUGAGCCAGUGGGCCCUGGACGCCGGGCAGCACCGUGACAAGACGGCCAGCUUGCUGUCUGACCAGCUGCUGCAGGGAGAGGAGAGCCUGCUCAGCCUUAUGAUGGACCACUCCAUGAAGUCCACCUGGAAAACCCCUCAGCUGGGGCGCAAGUCUCGGGGCAAGCCCAGAGCCCGGGCCCAACACUCCACCGCCGCAGCAACCACCCCACCUUCUGCCACCGCUGUCAGCCCCCCUGCUGCUGCCACCGCCUCCUCCACAGCCACAGCCAAGGGGACUCUGCUGGCAGAUGACAGGCCAGGCCACGGGGCCCGUAGAGGGGAGAGGUCCCGGGGCUCCAAGGCCCUCCACCACCAUCACCACCACCCCCAGACCAGGAGCACUGAGGCACCGCUGGACCCGCCGCCGCAGCCGCCCACCUCCAAAAUGGACUCCUGUCACAUCUCGGAGGAGCGUGGCCCCUGGGACAGCCUCACUGGUACAGGGGCAGCUUCCGCCCCCCACGCCGCCCCCUCUGGCCUCCUGCUCCCCCCCACAGCCCUCCAUUAGUCCCGGGACAGUGCCUGAGGGGAGGUCGGGGGGGGGGUCCCGGUCACCGCACGGCCCUGCGCCUCCGCCUGCCCCGGCAGGGUAAGUCCCGGGGGAAGGGUGGGGGUGGAGGGGGGAAGGGUGGAGGGGGGAAGGAGGUGGUGGAGCGCCCCCUGGAUAGGGAGAGAGAGAGGGACCCCCACCCAGUGAAGGAGACGUCAUCGUCGUCGCUGCUGGACCCCGAGACGGACGGCUACUUCUCUGACGCCGAGCAGAGCGACCCGGAUACGCGCUCCAGCGGCCGCAAACUCCGCCUGGCCCAGUUGCAUUCUGGGAGCGAGGACCUGCUGAGGAGGAGCGUGCUAGCGUUGUAGAAAAAAAAACUGAGACGCUCACACACACACACACACGCACACACACCAUCGUCCAGAAGACACACUGAUUUCUCAGACUGACCGGAGCUCCAUCCCAGUUCCCGCUAACAUGGCUACUGUCUGUCUGUCCGUCUGUGCUUUUGAUAUUAUACAUGCCGUUCUUUUCUCUCUAGAUCGCUUUAAUGAACCAAAUCUCUGUACUUCACUAGUCCUAAAUCAGUCUAAAUCAGUCUAUCUGCUCUGUUCUGGGGUUUUUGAACGUAGCUGUUAGUCAGAUAGCUGCAUACACAACGAGACCCUAGAUGUUAGUAGUGCUUGUUAAAGUAACAAAUGCUGUAUGAUGACGUAAGAAGACAAAGAGGAAAUGGAUUUUGGACAAUGUUACAUUUUCGGUUUUAUUUUGAAGUAUAACAUGGCGGUGAACCAUGUCGUCAACCCUUCCUGGCGGUGUGGUCAGUGGUGACUUGCCGCUAGCAUUGGGGUGAAUACUUUGUGGGCAUUAUAAGCUGGUUCAGACGAAUCUCUUCCUUUCUCUUGACGUGAGAUGGAUCCCCGCGAGGCGAUUCCUGGGAUCUGAUGUUUUUAAAAAAAGCCUUUCAGUUCAGCAUCAUUCUGAGAAAUGUACAGAAAAUAUCAAACAAAUAUUAGCCUUUUAAAAGCACAAAUAGCUAACAGGAACUGUAACACAAACAUUGAGCAUAAACACACACACUCUUUCAGACAUGCACACCAGACACGUUGCACACACACACACACACAUUACAGAUACUCUAAAUGACUCUGUCUGCAUCCAGCCGUUGUAGAAACAUACUGGUUGAUAAUUACGUCAGCUCUUCACUGACUCCUCCUCAUCUUCCGUUUGGGCCUGAAUCAUUGGAGAAACAGUAUUUUUAUCGUGUGCCUUCUGUCGCUCCCCCAAAAUAAGUUUAUCAAUCACUUCUAUAAUCAGAUUUGUUACAAUCAAAAAAGGAAAAUCUGUUGUAUUGGCCAUCAAGCGUACUGAAACAGAGGGCUUCUCGGACCUUAAUUGUAGUGCCUAAAAAAUGGAAAUGCAGCUUUUGCCAUUAAUCAACCCAACCGCAUGCAAAGCCACACAGUUCUACCAUAUUUGUGCAAAAGUGCUGCCCCAACAAAGCAACUUCUGGAGUCAUUGUUGGUCCAGUCAGACGAAUCGUAUAGUCAGCUACAGCAGAGUUCUGGAUUCUGACUACUUUUUUGAGUUCUUUGUAAAUUUAUGGGUUUUUUUUAGUCUCAGAGAGUUGUAUUUUGUACUAAAAGCGGUCCACAGUAUUUUCUCAGGGUUUAAAAAAAAAAAAAAAAAAAAAAAAUUGAAGGCGACGAAGAAGGGUUGAAAAUGUAUUGAAAUCAAAAGUUAAUCCGUAAAUAUAUAAUACCAUAUACAGGCCUUUUCUACAUAUGAUAGGUAUGUAUAGAAAAGGUUCCUUUCGCAAUGCUCACUGUUUAAACUCUGACUACUACUGUGCUGAGAGCUUUUCUCAUGUCUCAGUCAGUACACUACUACAACUACUACUACUACUACUACUACUACCCACCUGGCUGUCUCCUGAGUUGAUAAUGCCAAAGAACAGUGUGUAUAACAGACAGGGCACCAUGCACUUACUCUGGCUGUGUCCCAAAAUGGCACCCUAUUCCCUGCUUAGUGCACAAGGUGCCAUUUGUGACGCAGCCUCACUUGUGAGUUGUGCGUUGCUCAGGCCUGCGCUGGCAUGGUGUGACUCGGCCUUUUUAGGGGGGGGGGGGCGUCCUGACACCCACCACCACUAUUCCACCUUGGACUCUCCCGUUCCCUGCUCCCACAGGUGUGUUACUUACUGGCCCUCUGUCCCACUGACCCACUGUGGAUGGAGUGGCCUACGUCCCGUCCCCCCACCCCCCCAACCUGGAGAGAGUUGAAUGCUGCUGAACCGUGUGUGGAUGGGCGGCUGAUGGCUGAGCCCACUGACAACCCCCAGCGCUGGUAUAACAGGGUCGUAAUGUAGAAGAAGACUCGUUUUUUAUGUUUGUUUUCCUGUCCCAGAGGGGACACAAGGAUUCAGGAUGAAACUUCCUCAAGCAGCGUAUUGGUCAGGUGACACUGUCUGUCUACAGCCAGUCUGGCUCCUUCCUUUCCAUCCACCGUAACCCUUGGAGACAGACCAUUACAACCAUAGAAACAGAAUGAGUAGCACAUUCUAUUCAUUCGUAUUCUACAAUCACAACAUAUACCAUAAGAACAACAAUGAUCACCAUUGUCUGCAGAUAGGUUGUCGGGGUGGGUGUGUGGGGUUAGCACUGUAGUAAACCCACAGAAUCCACCCCACCACCUAACCGUUUACGUGUUGCUAAGACAAUGAAAUGUAAACUUGGUUUCAAUAUUCAAUAUAUACACAGAUUUAGACUAGGCUGUGUUUUUAGAUGGGACCCUUCAUGUACGGCCCCCAACGUAGUAGAAAACAGGUUGUUGUUGUUAUUAUUAUUAUUAUUAUUGGAGUGGGGCAUCUACGCCCUCUUCCUCCGCUUCUUUUCAGAAACAGUAGGCUGGAGUUUUAGUGAGGUGACGAGGCGUUUCGGUCCAGCAGGCAGCAGGUGACAGCACUUUGCAUGCAGACUAUAGAUUCAUGAAUUGAUGGUAUUAUCCUACAGAGUAUGGAUGGAUGGUAUUAUUAUUAUUAUCCUCCUCAAGCAGGGUUUCUUUGCCCCAUCCCCGAGAACCCACCUGGUUUGCAUGUUUUAUUCCAGCCCUACACUAACGCACCUUAUUCAGCUAAUCAAAUUGAUGAUCAGUUGAAUAGGGUGCGUUAGUGCUGGGCUGGAACAAAGCGUGCAUUCCAACGGUGGGUCCCAUGGAAUUGGUUUGAGAAAUGCUGCUUUGGCGUUGCUGUGGAUGAAUGUCCUAGUGCUGUCUCCGUACCACCCAGCUGCUGCUGCUGUUGGUGUCUGUAGCGUGACGAAGCCGUCAGCACACUAACAGAACACAACGACAACAUCAUUGAAAAGGAUCUCCUCUUCUGUGUUAGUUGCUUUAUCCCUUAGGGAACUGGUUCAACUUUAUCCCUUAGGGAACUGGUUCAACUUUAUCCCUUAGGGAACUGGUUCAACUUUAUCCCUUAGGGAACUGGUUCAACUUUAUCCCUUAGGGAACUGGUUCAGCUUUAUCCCUUAGGGAACUGGUUCAGCUUUAUCCCUUAGGGAACUGGUUCAACUUUAUCCCUUAGGGAACUGGUUCAACUUUAUCCCUUAGGGAACUGGUUCAACUUUAUCCCUUAGGGAACUGGUUCAACUUUAUCCCUUAGGGAACUGGUUCAACUUUAUCCCUUAGGGAACUGGUUCAACUUUAUCCCUUAGGGAACUGGUUCAACUUUAUCCCUUAGGGAACUGGUUCAACUUUAUCCCUUAGGGAACUGGUUCAACUUUAUCCCUUAGGGAACUGGUUCAACUUUAUCCCUUAGGGAACUGGUUCAACUUUAUCCCUUAGGGAACUGGUUCAACUUUAUCCCUUAGGGAACUGGUUCAAGGCUGUAGUAGUUUGACUGCCGUUUACUUAUGUUUUUUUGUGUUUUUUUUUUAAUGCACCAACAAUAAUGUAGAAUACUGUACUAGAGACCUUUUUGUUUCCGUGUUAAAAGCCUUCGCAAGCUGUUUUUGUAACGCUUCAGCCGCGGCUCAUAUAACUAGAAUGCUGACUCAUAAUCAGACCGACUGCUUCCUUACUAGCGCUUCUCCGACCGUCGACUGACUGCUUCCACACUGGGAAGUAUGGUUCCAAUCCAACACCCACCCCGCAGACCAGUGCUCUGUCUCACUUCCCUCCCCUUCUUCAGUGUUUCCGACGGCCCGCCUCAGCUCCUUCAGAGUUUUGAAGCACAGGCGGGUCAAAGGAAGAAGCUUUAAGGACAAAUAAUGACGUGCGUGUGUUGUGUAAUGGAGAGAGCGUUUGUCACUGCUGCCGCUCUGGGCAGAAGAGCGAAAGAUCGAGAGGGAGAGAGGGAAACACUGGUGGAGGGAGGGAGGGAGAGUGAGAGAGAGAGGACAGUUUGUUCUUUCCUCUUAGUGUUUGCGCCCUGUCCACGGUGAACUUAACAGGCAGGAAUCUAAACACCCCACUCCCUCUCUCUCUGUCCCUCCCUCUCUGUCUCUCUCCCCCUCUCUGUCUCUCUCUGUCUCUCUCUGUCUCUCUCCCCCUCUCUCUCUCUCUCUGUCUCUCCCCCUCUCUCUCUGUCUCUCCCCCUCUCUCUCUGUCUCUCCCUGUCUCUCCCUGUCUCUCCCCCUCUCUCUCUGUCUCUCCCCCUCUCUCUCUGUCUCUCCCCCUCUCUCUCUGUCUCUCCCCCUCUCUCUCUGUCUCUUCCCCUCUCUCUCUGUCUCUUCCCCUCUCUCUGUCUUCCCCUCUCUCUGUCUUCCCCUCUCUCUGUCUUCCCCUCUCUCUGUCUUCCCCUCUCUCUGUCUUCCCCUCUCUCUGUCUUCCCUCCCUCUCUGUCUCCCUCUCUCUGUCCCUCCCUCUGUGUGGCUCACAAACGUAAAGUGCAAACACUUCUCUGUUUUCACUGGAGCUAGGAUUAUUUACUUUCUCUGGUUUUGUUUUAUAUGCAGAACCAGAGAGAAAUUGAUUUGAUAAGUGGGAACUGCAUAGCCAGUAGUGAGCGUGUUUGUUUUAGUGUCUGUCCGAGUCAAUGCUUGUGUGUGCGUGCAUGUUUGUCUGUGUCUGUCGAGUCACGAGUGUGUAUCUGUGUGUGCAAGCAUUUGUGUGUGUUUCUGGGCUAAUUGAAGUUAAAAUGGUCAGGCCGGCUCCCCAGUGGGCUGAUCAGCGUGCAGCUGAAGCCUGGGAGAGACCUUUUGUUCUCUCACUUCCUCCAUGGAGAACACUCACAGAAACUAACCGCUGCUCUCUGGCAACACAGCGUCUACAUCUCAAAUGGCAUCCUAUUCCCUAUUAUAGUACAUAUGGCCCUGGUCAAAGGUAGUGCACUAUGAAGGAAAAAGGGUGCCAUUUAGGAUGUCCUCAAGCUAUUUAUGACCAGCAGGGUCACAGAAUGUGUUCCUCUCAUUAAAUUCAAUAGCAUUUCAAAAUGUUUUAGUUCCACAGUUCAAACAACUUGCUCCCAUGUUUGUUUGCUACUUUUGUUCCGUGACUUGUAUGAAUACACGUAUGAAUCCAUUUCCAGGAGAGAAGGUUUAUCCAUAACCAUAGCUGCUCCUCCUAAGGUCGGGCUAAUUUACCGGUUGUGUCUCUGCAACAGAGCCAAGCUCUCUUGUUUUUUGUAGUUGAUCUGGCAUCACUUUGCUGCUUCCAAAUUCAGGCUACAUUACAAACGGCACCCACUUCCCUAUAUAGGGCACUUCUUUUGACCAGGCCCCCAUAGGGCUGUGGUCAAAAGUAGUGCACUAUGUAGGAAAUGGCGUGCCUUUUUCUGACGUUGACUUACACCGGCACUAUUUGGUCUUUUGACCAAUCACAUCAGAUCUUUUUUCAGAGCUGGUCUGAUUGGUCAAAAGACCAAUUAGUGAGAGAGAAAAAAUCUGAAUCGGGCUGCCUGUAAACGCAGCCAAUAUUUCUGUCCCGUAUCUCCUAAUGGUCACAUGCGUCAUUUUGAUGAGUCCGUGAUCUCUCCGAUCAAAGCAGACUCUGACAUGGUCCCUCCUCCCUCCACCACGUGGCUGUCUUAUUUGUCCUUAAAAGGCGCUGAAAUCUGUGCUGCCGUAUACAAUUCAAUUCCACACCCAAUUAGGCUCGAUCUGCAUCAGUUCUACAAUACGAUAAUAUGAAUGUUGCAGGAGUUUAUCCUUCUGUAUUCUUUGUUUCAAAGAAUGUUGUGCCAUUUGUUAAUAGCAAAGAGAAAUAUUGAACAUAUAUUAAAAAGAAGAGCUAUUUUAAAUUAUUUUUUGGCUUUUUUUGCAAUAUUUAUUUUCUUGUAUUAGAGUCUUUGUAGGAGGAAAAACAAAAAAUGUAUUUUUCAUUAGUGCAAAAAACUAUUUUUUUCCUUUUUGUACACUUUCAAUGUUAAGCAAAACGUUAAAAAGCAAUAUGAUGAUGUUCCAUGUGACUGUAUCUGCAUGCUGUUUGUGUUGCCUUAAAGACGGCUGCCUCCACUAUGACCCCCCUCCUCUCCCCGGCACUAUGGUGUGGUUGACCAGUGUAGUCAAUAAAGCAGUGCUUUCUGUGUA